AUGAACAUUAUCAACACGAAACCCCACCAGAAGGCGACCCCCUCCUCCGCCGCCGCCGGCGUCGGUGGCCGGGAGGACUUCUGGAGCGAGGGCGCCACCGCCGUCCUGAUCGACGCCUGGGGCGAGCGGUACCUGGAGCUUAGCCGGGGCAACCUCAAGCAGAAGCACUGGAAGGACGUGGCCGACAUCGUCGCCGCACGCGAGGACUACACAAAACCUCCCAAAACCGACGUCCAGUGCAAGAACCGCAUCGACACCGUCAAGAAAAAGUACAAGGCCGAGAAAGCCAAGAUCGCCGCCGGCGGCGGCCCCAGCAAGUGGCGAUUCUACCACAAGCUGGACGAGCUGGUCGGGCCCACCUCCAAACUGAACUCCAGCUCCGCUCCCCCAUCAAUUGAUGCCGCCAGCAACCACAGCAAUCACAACACGAUGCAGCAGAAGGCCCCCAUGGGUAUUCCCGUCGGGCUCAGAUCAUCCUCUGCCCCUGGCCACAAAAGACCGCCCUUCAACUCGGAUGAUGAGUCAGAGCCCGACCAUUCGGCAGAUUCUUCCGAUGGGUUGCCUCCCGCGACUAACAACAAGCGGCCGAGGUUUCAAAGGAUGCCGAACAAUAAUGCGAAUGCGUCGAGAAAUGUCGUGAUGAUGAACAAGAAAAGUGAUGCAGGAAAUAAGUGGGGAAAUUCGAUGAAGGAGCUAACUCAGGCCAUUUUGAAAUUUGGGGAGGCUUACGAGGUGGCUGAGACUGCCAAGCUGCAGCAGCUAGUGGAGAUGGAAAAGCAGAGGAUGAAGUUUGCAAAGGAUUUGGAACUGCAAAGGAUGCAAAACUUCAUGAAGACACAGCUCGAGCUUUCGCAGCUGAAGGUGAGGAAGCCUGGGACCAACAAUAAAAACCACCAUGGCAUUAUAAACAGCAAUGAUGGCAAGAACAAUAACAACAACAGUAAUAAUAAUGCUAGCAAUAGGAGUAGUUGA